AAGGUUCAAACUAACAGGUUCAAUACUCUAACGGCCAAAGGAAAACUUAACAAGUUAAAUUAAAUGCUCUUUUUGAAGUAAGGAGAUUAAAAACACAUUACCAAUGGAUCACGAAAACGAACGCUUUGGAUAUUUAUGGCAAAUACUAAAUCAACGACAAAAGGCGACGGUGGUUUUGGAAACCAUUAUAUUCUCUUUGGUGAUGUUUCUUUCGCUUUUUGGAAAUCUCCUUGUCUGCUCUGCUGUAUACAGAAACCCUAGACUACGCCAGCCAAGCAACUACUACAUCAUCUUCUUGGCUCUAAGUGACAUUCUGCAAGCUCUCUUCACGAUGCCGCUAUCAGUAGGGAUGCUAGCCACAAGUAACUGGCGAUAUGGGAUUCCCACUUGUUAUUUCAUGGUCAUUUCCAUGUUGUCCCUGGCGCCGGCCUCUAUUUUUACCAUGACACUCAUGGCAUUGGACAGAUAUUACAAAAUAGUGAACCCAAUUAAGUAUCAAAACAUUUUUACAAAAAAGUUCAUCAUUGUAACUGGAGCACUCGCCUGGAUUGCACCCAUUUUGAACUCCAUUCUCACAGUAUUUGCUUUCGGCUUCGGCGUCAGUCCCCAUCCAGGUCUUGCCAUUUGCAAGAUAGAGCUUAAAAAGUUCUAUUUCCCAAUUCUGAUCAUUUUUCAGAACUCGCCAUUUUUUGUCAUCAUGUUCUGUUACUGGAAAAUUUAUAAAGUUGUUAAAAUGCACAAUGCCGAUGUUUCGUGGCAGAAUUUGAAUGCAGAAGAAGUCAACAUCAGCAAAACUCUUUUCGCCUCCGUUUUCAGUUUUGUUCUUCUUUGGGUUCCAGCUAAUACCAUAUUGCUUCCUUCCUAUUUAAUGUCGGGUAGUUUUAAUUCUCCUCGGGUAAUUUCACUCAUUGGAACACUCCUAGUUUUUACAUCAAGUUGCUUAAAUCCCUUCAUUUAUAGUUUCAUGAAUCGUUCCUUCAGAAGUGAGUUCAAGAAGUGCUUGAUACCAAGAAAGCCUCAAUCAGUGGGCACAGAUUCCAAUUAGUCACAACCUAAAAAACUUUCUGAUCAACGGGCCGCGGGUUUGUUCGUUUUAAUUUAUUUAUUAAUCAGUUAAUUUUUUUAUUCCGAGAUUUAAGGUAAUCUUUUUUUCACUCGCUCUUUGGUAGAUGAUAAUGUUAUUAAUGGGAAAAAUGACACUGUGGAAGCCAGGGAAAAUAAGUAUAGAUAAAUUCCAGAAAAUUGCCAUCAUGAUGUUUCAACAAAGUUAAUUUCCAAUUCCAUGAACAGCCAAGAGUAGAGUACGGAAAGCAAUGAGUUUUCUCCACAUUAAAGAUAAAAGAAAAAAAACAGAAGACUUCAGCCCAAGUCUUAAAUUAAGCUCCAGAGUCAGCGUGAUCGGUUUCCAUCUAUGCACUAUAUGAUUUUGGGGAAAAAAUGGAUGUUUAACAUCUUUCAAUGAAUAUUGUUUUAAGUCGAGUUCUAUUGUAAAAAAGCACCAUACAGGCCACCUCUCCAGUAUAAUCAAUUGUACUCUACCAACUUUUAAUUUAAUCCAUCAACCUUACUCCACAGAUUGCAUUUUAAUUAUUCUCUUGUUUAAUUUAUUUUGAUAAAUCGUAUGCUGCAUGCAUUUUCUAUAUUGACCGUCUUUAUUUAGAUUAUCAUUGCGGUCUCUGUAAAGAC